CCACUGGUCAGGGAGAGGCUGGGCUGGCUCCUGCUGACUCCCCCUCACUAUGUGCCCCCUCAGGAGGCGCUGCUGGAUGCCACUGCCCGCCCUGAGGAGGAAGGGUGCCUGGAGGCCCUGUGCUCCAGGGAAGAGGAAGAGGAGGAAGAAGAUGACAGGCAGAGGAGCCCAAGACCCAUCACCUUCACGCUGGGCAACGAGGUGCUGGGGCUGGGUCCGGAAAGUGAAUUUCAAAGCCCAGACUCCGAGGUCUACAUGCACUUCCUGAGGAGCCACUGCUGCUACGAUGCCGUCCCCACCAGCUGCAAGCUUGUUGUCUUCGACAUCUCUCUGGAGAUCAAGAAAGCCUUCGUGGCGCUGGUGGCCAACGGGGUGCGUGCCGCCCCGCUGUGGGACAGCAAGACACAGAGGUUUGUGGGGAUGCUCACCAUCACCGACUUCAUCAACAUUCUCCAUCGCUACUACCGCUCGCCCCUGGUUCAGAUCUACGAGGUGGAGGAGCACAAGAUUGAGACCUGGAGAGAGGUGUACCUGCAGGGGUCCUUCAAGCCGUUGGUCUACAUCUCCCCGAGCAACAGCCUCUUCGAUGCUGUCUACUCCCUGAUCAAGCACAAGAUCCACCGCCUGCCUGACAUCGAGCCCGUCUCAGGCAAUGUCCUGCACAUCCUGACCCACAAGCGCAUCCUCAAGUUCCUCCACAUCUUUGGCUCUACCAUCCCCAAGCCGCGCUUCCUGAAGAAAACAGUGCAGGAACUGUGUAUCGGCACCUUUCGUGACGUGGCUGUUGUGCCCGAGACUGCUCCCAUCUACACUGCCCUGGAGAUCUUCGUGGACCGCCGUGUCUCUGCCCUGCCUGUCAUCAACAAUGCCGGGCAAGUAGUCGGUCUCUACUCCCGUUUCGACGUCAUUCACCUGGCAGCUCAGAAGACCUACAACAACCUGGACAUGAGCGUGCGGGAGGCGCUGCGGCAGCGAACCGUCUGCCUGGAGGUAUUGACCCAUCCUCACUCUGAAGACACCAGAGAAGUGCCGCCGUCUCCUCCGACUUGA